AUGCGAUCCCUGCCAGUGCACGUCAUCUCUAUCCUACUAGUUUGUGCAUCGUGCGAUGAUGUGCUGCGUCCAGCCGCAAUUAUACCGUGGUCGCAAUACCAGCAACGAUUGAGGCAGGCAAACGAACUUACAGAAGCUUACUAUGAGAUGGAGGAAAAAUGGCCAUCACAAAGGCCCACGUACAAUAGUCGUCUUCGAGGCAGGUGGCCACAAAGGGAAUCGCAACCUGAAAGCACGGAUAUGGUGGACAUGAAAUCUCGUCCAAGACCAGUAUUCCGAUCCCAAGUUAGGAAUCGUGUCCCUACAGAAUCUCCACCGACGACGUCAGCGACGUCACGAAGUUACCUUGUUGCCAAGAAAAAGCCAAUAGCAAAGCCGGAGUACAUCGCGACAACUCGGACUUAUCACAUGCCGCAUGGAGCCAAUGGCGCUCCACCAAGAACUCAGAAUACUCAACUUCGCUCCAUAGCCAUCCCUAAUGGGGUUCCAGUACAUGCUGGAACAUGGGAUGAUGGAACACCGCAUUAUGCGACUCAGAAAAGGCCUCAACAAUUCGCAGUGGCCACAUUGGAGUCAUCGAAUCCUCUUAACGCACUUUCGCAGACUCAUUUUGCUUCUUCUCCGCUCAAUACAGAAGCGGUGGACAGUUUUGCGAAUUCGAUUUUUUCGCAGAGCAAAGCAGCUUCGCAAUUUUCUAAUGCUGCUGCUUCGCCAGUUCAGCUUGCAAAAUCUCCCGCUAAUCCGCUUGAUUCCAUACUUGGUGGAGGUGCCCCGCUGGACCAAAUAUCAAAAAUUGCUAGUAACAUACUGAAUUUUGGUGGAGGCGAUGGAGCAGCAAAAGGUGGUCUUUUGGAAGCGAUGACGAAUGUAUUCAGAAGAGGAAGCCUUCCGGCACCGUCCACCUCUUUCCAAAGCGAUUUUCCAUUCGGAACUGCGACGAAACCACAGCCGACUAUUAUGGAAAAGAUAAUUACGCAAGCUGCUUCUGCUCUGAACCAGUCAUUCAAGGACAAGGAGAUUAAACCACAAGAAGUUCAUCUGACCAAGGAUAAAGAAGAUUCCCUGAAGCUUUUGGAUAAUCUACCAGAGGAGGAAAGGAAACUUCUAAAAGCAGCCAUCACAUCGGGAGAACUAGAUGCGGAAACGCUUGCUCCAGCAUUGAAAUCACUCGUGAAAGAAGAUAUGGGAGAAGAAUCCAAAAAGGAGAAAGAAAGCAGACUUAUAGAGUGGAUUCGAGAAAAUCGACCUACUAAGAAACAAAAGGAAAUCAAAGUGUCAGCGGAUAAACUUCCAUAUUACGGAAAAUAUUGUGGAAGCUUUGCUGAGCAGCCAAAUCCAAAGAAGAAGUUCAAGCCCUCUGGAGCUUUAUGGGUUGUUGACGAGCAACGUUUCAUAGUGUCGAAAUUUGUUUUCCAACCGGGAUCUCUGUUAUCAGAAAAUGUGACAUUCUGGCUUGGCCCUCAGACCCAUACGGAGAACAUCUUGGCGGACAUGUUCCCAUCUCAGAAUGGUUUCUAUGUUCGACCGCAACCUAUAGACGUCUCUAUCUUUGCUCUUCAAGAACUUCCACCAAUCAAAGCCAAAGCGCGUAAGUCAUCCUUGGCUAUCAAUGGAACUCUACCAAUUGAACCUGUAAAAGACAAAGUCAAGAAGACGGAAGUUGCUCUGAGAGUGAAAAGAGAUGCUGAGGAAAAGUCUACAGCUGUUUUAAAGAAGCCUGUAAAGCUGAUCGUGAAGGAAGGAUCGGUGCAGCUGCUUGAGGAGGACGCCGGGGAUUUACCGUCACAAAGUUCGCAACAAGGCGAAGUGCAAACGGCCAGUUCAUCGUCACCUGUCAAUACCAUCGGUCCAAUAGGUUUUCGAGUUCUGCAACCGGAAGAUGAUAAAAUAAAUUACAAUCAAGCCCAGCCGUUAGAAUGGUAUGCUGGAUUUCAACCCCUUCUGCUUCAUUUACCGAGUGGUCGAGAAGCGAAAAGCCUUCACUGGAUAUCGCUUAGGGAUCAUAAACGCCAAGAAACGGUUGCCUCAGUUCUCCUACCUAAUGGACCUGCUUUCCAAAUUCCUAGUGUUGUUACGCUCCGUGGCCUUUCACCAAACGGUGGCUAUAAUGUCAGCUCUGGACAACUCAAGGUCACUGACAUCAAAACAAUAGAAAUUAGCAAUUUCACACUGAAAACUGGCGGAUCAGCGGUAUGGUUUAUGAUCGGCAAGGAUAUUCUACCAAACGCUCAAGGCCAUAUUGUGCCAAUUUACGAUCCACAAAUGAACUUGUUCGAUUGCGAAUCGUUGAGGGAUUACUACGAAGAGACCGUGCUUCUGAGACUGCCUGGAAAUCUCGACAUAAAAGACGUGUUUUGGUUUUCUGUGUUUUCCAUAGCGAAUGCUGUAUCCUACUCUCAUAUCUACUUGCCAUUUAACGAUAUGCAGCUUCCACCAGAUUUGAGCGGAAUCUCGACUCCAACGUGCAGCCCGAGUGUUUGCAAUUCAGCGCUUUGCCGAUGCGAGAACGGGGCUAUGCGCCAUCAACCACUUAAAAGACAACUCUCCGACCGUCGAGGUGACCGACCGAUCAACGACGCCGCAUUGACGCUCCUCUGCUAUCGUCGUCGGUCACUAUCAUCGCCUUCGAUCAAACCAAACGGAUUUGUCGUCUCUGUGCUCGUUUUCGUCGUUUAA